CGGUUUUGCCGAGAGCUAUACAGGACGGACCCUGGCACUGAUCAAGAAAAGUUUGGGUUUGACACCUAUGAUAAAUCAUGUUCUCUGCAUCUGUUUUCCAGGAACUAAAAUAGCUCAAAUCCUUUCUGCUUCAUUUUUUUCAAGUUAUAUAGAAAUGGAGCAACAUUUGAUUGAUAAACUAUCAGUAUUCUAUAUUCGUCAAAACUAUUAAAAUUAUUUAUCAAAACAAAACUAUUGAAACAAUUAUUGUAUGUUAAAUUUAACUAGCCCGAGGACAUCCUUAGCCUAUAGUAUUUAGAUUUUCUUGGAAAUAUGUUGGCACAUUGUUGGAAUGAUCAAGUCAUGCUAAUGUUGUGAAACCUAAUAGUAAUUUUUAAUUUGCGUCCACGACUACACUAUUCUCUACAAAACCAACCUACCAACGUGCCUCGCACGAGUUCCAGACUUAGACCAUACCUCGACGUGCGUCCUUGUAUCCUACAACGUUAUACAAUAAUCACCUAAGAUACAGACACCUUUCACCAUUUGCCUUCAAAUAAACAUUUUCUUUCUCAAAGAGAAUCAAGCUUACCAUUGGAGAGAGCACAAUGGGUUUUCUCUUUCCGAUCUUAUUAGGAGUUUUUCUCUUAUUCACCGCUACACCACCAUCCUUGUCUCAGCUCCCUCCGGAGAUAGUCCCUCCGGCACCGGCGCCGAUUUCACCAGAAGAACUUUGCAACGGAAUAUUCCUCUCCUACACAUUCAUUCUCGGUCGUCAGAUCCCUCCAAACGACACAGCCGAUCAGCCGUAUAGGUUUGAGUCAGUCCUAACGGUCCUCAACAACGGCCGCGAAGAGCUCAAAGAGUGGCGAGUGUUCGUUGGUUUCCAGCAUAACGAGAUCCUUACUUCGGCCACCAAUGCGAUCAUCGUCAACGGAACGGACCUUCCUGCUCCCGUAGGAAACGGCACCAUCUUCGCUGGAUAUCCUGUUUCUGACCUCGAAACGGCUAUUCAAACGGCCGGAGACUUAAAACAGAUGACCGCUACCAUUGAGCUCGUAGGGACUCAAUUCAUGGUGACUCCUCCUGACGUUCCAUUGCCAUCCAACAUAUCGCUUGUUAACGAUGGUUGGCUAUGUCCUGAGCCUACUCCUACCCCUUUCAGCAAAAGAGAGAUAUCAACGUGCUGCAUGAGAGACCCGAGCAUUGAAGUCAACACAACAACCAUCAGCGAAAAGUUCCUUCCACGACAACCCGGAGACUUGACCAUAAUGUACGAUGUGAUCCGGUCCUACGAUCAGAACUACCUAGCCGAAGUAACGAUGGAGAACCACAACCCACUAGGCCGGCUUGACCACUGGGAACUAAGUUUCGACUGGAUGCGAGAAGAGUUCAUACAGAAAAUGCAAGGUGCGUAUCCAACGGUCGUAGACGCCACAAAAUGCGUAUUCGGUCCACAGGCCCAGAUCUACACGGGACUAGAUUUCGCAGACGUUCUCACGUGUGAGAGACGGCCCAUCAUUGUGGACUUACCUCCAACCAAGGCAGAGGACCCGGUCCUAGGUAAAAUCCCUUCUUGUUGUAGAAAUGGUACGAUCUUACCACGUACCAUGGACCCUUCAAAAUCAGCAUCAAUCUUUACCAUGCAAGUCUCCAAAAUGCCUCCUGAUUUUAACCGUUCCGCGCUUUUCCCGCCACAAAACUGGAGGAUCAAAGGGACGCUCAACCCGGAUUACUCAUGCGGGCCACCCGUUCGGGUCAGCCCGACUUUGUAUCCGGAUCCGAGCGGUAUGCCCACCAACAAAACGUCUUUCGCCAGCUGGCAAAUAGUAUGCAACAUCACACACGCCAAAACGGAAACACCGAAAUGCUGCGUUUCCUUCUCAGCUUUCUUUAAUGACUCUAUCAUCCCUUGUAACACGUGCGCUUGCGGUUGCGUCUCGGAGACGCGACGCACCUGCAGCGCCGAGACCCCUGCGUUACUCAUCCCUCCAGACGCUCUUCUCGUACCUUUCGAGAACAGAACAUCCCUUACGGUUGCGUGGAACGCACUCAAACACAAAACCAUCCCUAAUCCGAUGCCGUGCGGCGACAACUGCGGCGUCUCUGUAAACUGGCACGUGGCGACGGACUACAGAGGUGGAUGGACGGCGAGGAUCACCAUUUUCAACUGGGGAGGAAUCGAUUUCCCCGACUGGUUUCUAGCGGUUCAGAUGAAGAAACCAGCCAUACGUGGAUUCGAGAAAGCGUACUCGUUCAACGCGAGUCUCUUGAGUGUGGACGGAGGUGUUAACAACACUAUUUUCAUGGAAGGUCUUCCCGGUUUGGAGUAUCUUGUGGCUGAACGUGAUGAGUUAGAUCCGAAGAAGAUUAAUCUCAGGGUGCCUGGUAAGCAGCAGUCUGUGAUACAGUUCAGUAAGAAACUUACGCCGGGGAUUAAUGUGCCGGAGCGUGACGGGUUUCCGGCGAAAGUUAUAUUCAACGGUGAGGAAUGUUUGCUUCCUGAUGUGCUUCCACUUGCAAGUGGUGGAAGAAGAAAUGGGUUUGAUACUAGUAAGGUUUUGUUGUGUAUGGUGAUUUUUGUUGUGGCGUUGGUAAUUUAAUUGUGAUCUUUGUAGAAUUUAUAUAAUAUGGUUUUUCUUGAUUGAUUAGUUUGUUUUGUAAAAUAAAAUUGUUCUUUUACUCAAUGUGGCUUCGGUGUUUGAAAAUCGUAGAUU